AUGGUCCCCAAUGAAGACAAUCAAUAUGUGGGGAUUAUCGAACUGCUUCAGUAUUUUAAAUGGUCGUGGAUUGGGAUUUUUGCUGUUGAUAAUAACAGUGGAGAACAUUUCUUGCAAACUAUUGAGCCUUUACUUUCUGAGAAAAGAAUGUGUUCGGCAUUUAUACAACGAAUCCCGCAACUAGCCCGUUUAGAUAAAAUGCAGGAAUAUGCUAGACUUGCUGGAGAUAUUUACAUGCAUUUCACCAAUGAGAAUGUAACUGUGUUUCUCCUCUAUGGAGCAUCUUUGACAAUUUCAUGGCUCAGAAGUGUUUUAUUUCUAGUGGACCCUGAAAAUACUGAGAAAAUAACAUUUCAGAAGGUAUGGAUCAUGACAUCUGAGAUUGAUUUCAUAUUAACAGGUUUUCAAAAACGCUUAGAUCUUGAAUUAUUUUAUGGAUCUCUUUCCUUUACUCCUCACUCCAAAAACAUUCUGGCCUUUAAAGAUUUUCUUCAUACCAUAAAACCUAAUACUAUCAAAGAAGAUAGGUUUAUUAAGGAUUUCUGGGAGGAAGCCUUUGACUGUUUUUUGCCAGAUCCAGAGAAGGUCAUAGGGGAUGGCAAUGUGUGUACUGGAGAGGAGAACCUGGAGAGUCUUCCUGGGUCUCAGUUUGAAAUGAGCAUGACAGGCCACAGCUACAGUAUCUACAAUGGGGUUUAUGCCGUGGCUCAUUCUUUGCAUGACCUCUCCUUAUUCAGAUCCAAACACAGAACUAGGGUGGGCGAUCAUGUAUCUGAACUUCCAGAUCUCCAACCCUGGCAGCUCCAACCAUUUCUUCAAGGCAUUGCAUUUAACAACUCAGCUGGAGAACUUGUGUCCUUUAAUGAUAAAAGAGAGGUGAAAGGUGGAUUUGACAUCAUGAACAUAGUCACAUUUCCUAAUAGCUCCUUCCAGAGAGUGAAAGUAGGAAUGCUGGAUCCAAGUGCUUCAGGAGGAAAAAAAAUCACUCUUAAUGGAGAUACCAUUCUUUGGCACAGGGAUUUUAAUCAGGUCCUUCCAUUUUCUCUUUGUAAUGAACACUGUCAUCCUGGAAACUGGAAAAAAAGGAAGGAAGGAGAAAAAUUCUGCUGCUAUGAUUGUGUUCCAUGCCCUGAGGGGAAGAUGUCUAACACAAUGGAUGUGGAUGACUGUUUCCAAUGCCCUGAAGAUCAAUAUGCAAACAGAGACCAAGAUGGAUGUAUCCCUAAAAAGAUAACUUUCCUAUCAUAUGCUGAACCUCUGGGAAUCGCCUUAGUUUCCAUUUCCCUUUCCUUCUCACUGAUCACGGCCUUUGUGUUUUGGUCCUUUAUUAAACACAAAGACAGUCCCAUUGUCAAAGCCAACAACCGAGAUCUCACCUACAUCCUUCUUCUCUCCAUCCUGCUCUGCUUCCUCACCUCUUCACUCUUCCUGGUGCAACCAGGAAAAGUGACCUGCUUUCUCAGACAAUCUGCUUUUGGGAUCAUCUUCUCGUUUGCUGUUUCUUGUGUGUUAGCCAAAACCAUCAUUGUUUCUCUGGCAUUCAUGGCUACAAAGCCUGGGUCCAGGAUGAGGAGAUGGGUGGGGAAAAGAUUGGCCUUUUCCAUUGUCUUUUCCUGCUCUCUUCUCCAAGCCAGCAUUUGUACUGUGUGGUUGUCAACCUCUCCCCCAUUCCCUGAGUUAGACAUGCACUCAAUUACUGAAGAAAUCCUCCUCCAAUGCAAUGAAGGGUCAUCCUCCAUGUUCUAUUGUGUCCUGGGCUACAUGGGCCUCCUGGCCAUAGCCAGCUUCAUUGUGGCCUUCCUUGCCCGCAAAUUGCCUGACAGCUUUAAUGAAGCCAAGUUCAUCACCUUCAGCAUGUUGGCCUUCUGCAGUGUGUGGAUCUCCUUUGUUCCAACCUAUCUGAGCACCCGAGGAAAAGCCAUGGUGGCUGUGGAGGUCUUUUCCAUCUUGUCUUCUGGUGCUGGGUUACUGUGCUGUAUUUUUUUCCCCAAAUGCUACAUCAUCAUGCUGAGGCCUGAAUUAAGCAAGAGGAAGUUAUUAAUAAGAGGCAAGGAGUAA